AUGCCCAUAACACCCUCUAACACCCUGCCACUCGAGUGCCAGUUUGGCUACCCUCCACCCACGUUUGCUGAGCAGGAGGAGGAGAUGGGAGUUCUGGCAGCAGAACAAAUGGUGCGCCGGUGUCACAGGGUCUGGCGGUGGGCCAGAACAGCCCUUCAAGCAGCCACCCAGAGAAGCACCUGCUCGGCAAACCGGAUUGAGGGAUCUCGCUGCGAUAUUGACACCAACGAGUGUGGCUCUAGCCCAUGCCAAAACCACGGCCAUUGUGUGGACAUGGUCAACAAUUACUACUGUAACUGUAAACCUGGAUUCUCGGGUCAUCGCUGUGAGGAAGACAUCAACGAAUGUGCAUCCAACCCGUGCCAAAACCAUGGCAUCUGCCAAGACCUAGUGAACAGCUUCCGAUGCUUCUGCCUGCCUGGAUACAGUGGGCCCAUGUGUAAUCUGGAUGUGAAGCAGUGUGAAGCCUCAUCUUGCCUCCAUGAUGGUGUGUGUAUCAACAAGCCCAGGGGCUUUGUGUGUGUGUGCCAGCCUGGAUACUCUGGUAUGUUUCUUUUUAACCCCUAA